AUGGGUCCAACGUCAAGCGCGAAAAGGACGGCAGAAGCGCCAACAAAAAGCGGCACCCUUGCACCCCCACAUACGCCGACGGCACGAUCUCCCCCGGCCCCACCCACGCACGUCCGCCUGCCCAUCCCAGGCCACAUCACCAUAUCCCGCGACCCCGUGACGCGCUCCUCCGAAACCACCUUCCCCCAUUCCCUCCCUCCACCCGCGCGCCGCGCCGAGGAAAAAAUGGCGGCCGCCGCCACCUCCUCCUCCCCGUCCCCGUCCACCUUCCUCCCCGCGUCCCGCAGCGGCGCCCGCCGGCCGCCCUCGCGGGUGGCCGCCGCCGCGACGACGGCGGCGGCGUCGUCCCCGGAGGCCGCGGCGCCCCUCAAGGCGGACCUGGCGCCCCUGGCGCCCGCGCCGCUGAUGCGGGUGGUGCCCGAGUCGCUGCAGGGCGCCAGCGGGUCGCUCGUGGGCGUGCCGGGCCGCGGGGCGGAGGAGGGCGGCCUCGACGGGCCCGGCGCCAUGGAGUACCUCACGGCCGUGCUCGCCUCCAAGGUCUACGACGUGGCCGUCGAGACCCCGCUCGAGCGCGCCGGCAAGCUCUCCGACCGUCUCGGGGUCAACCUCCACAUCAAGCGCGAGGACCUGCAGCCGGUAUUUUCAUUCAAGUUGAGAGGUGCAUAUAAUAUGAUGGCAAAGCUCUCCCGAGAGCAGUUGAACAACGGCGUUAUCUGCUCCUCUGCUGGAAACCAUGCUCAAGGAGUUGCUCUUUCUGCCCGGAAACUGGGUUGUGAUGCUGUUAUUGUAAUGCCUGUGACCACACCAGAAAUCAAGUGGCGAUCAGUGGAGAGAUUGGGUGCGACAGUCGUUCUGAAGGGGGACUCAUAUGACGAAGCUCAGUCAUAUGCAAAAUUACGGUGUGAGCAGGAAGGCCGCACAUUCAUACCUCCUUUUGACCAUCCCGACAUUAUCGCUGGACAAGGAACUGUUGGCAUGGAAAUUGUUCGCCAAUUGCAAGGUCCAUUACAUGCAAUAUUUGUACCUGUGGGAGGUGGUGGAUUAAUUGCUGGCAUUGCUGCCUAUGUGAAACGAGUCCGCCCUGAGGUGAAAAUAAUUGGAGUAGAGCCCUCAGAUGCAAAUGCCAUGGCAUUGUCCUUGUGUCAUGGCCAGAGGGUCGUCUUAGAACAUGUUGGAGGGUUUGCUGAUGGUGUAGCUGUCAAAGUUGUAGGGGAGGAGACAUUUCGAUUGUGUCAAGAACUUAUAGAUGGCAUUGUCCUGGUCAGCCGAGAUGCUAUUUGUGCUUCAAUAAAGGAUAUGUUUGAGGAGAACAGGAAUAUCCUUGAACCUGCUGGGGCCCUUGCCUUGGCAGGGGCUGAAGCUUACUGCAAAUACUACGGUUUGAAAGGGGAAACUGUGGUUGCAAUAAGUAGUGGUGCGAAUAUGAACUUUGAUAGACUCAGAUUAGUAACUGAGCUUGCUGAUGUUGGUCGAAAACGAGAGGCAGUAUUAGCUACAUUUUUGCCAGAGGAGCAGGGAAGCUUCAAAAAGUUUGCAGAACUGGUUGGCCGGAUGAAUAUUACUGAAUUCAAAUACAGAUAUGAUUCUAACGGAAAAGAAGCCCUUGUUCUUUACAGUGUUGGCAUCUAUACUGACCAUGAGCUUAAAGCAAUGGUGGAACGCAUGGAAUCAUCAGAGCUUAAGACUGUGAACCUUACUGACAAUGAUCUCGCAAAAGACCACCUAAGAUACUUUAUUGGAGGCAGGUCAGAAGUAAAAGACGAACUUGUUUACCGGUUUAUUUUCCCAGAAAGGCCAGGUGCUCUUAUGAAUUUUUUGGAUACGCUGAGCCCCCGAUGGAACAUCAGCCUUUUCCAUUACCGUGCACAGGGCGAAACCGGAGCAAACGUGUUAGUUGGCAUACAAGUGCCACCAGAGGAUGUUGAUGAAUUCAGGAGUCGUGCCGACAAUCUUGGGUACGAAUACAUGUCUGAGAUGAACAACGAGAUCUAUCAUCUCCUUUUGCGCAGCCCCAAUAAGGUCUGAUCUCUGAUGCGGCCGACUCUCACCAAUCCAACCGAUGGUUAGUGUGGCUUACCAAGGAGAAGACCCAAUGCUAGGUAGGAUUGUUCGUGUGGCUUGCUCUCUCAUGUUGGAAUAAAACCCUUGUCGUACCUGUUUGUGUAGAACUGUUAGUGUGCCAUUCGUCGACAAGUUAUUUGUUGUAGUAAUUUGUGGUGUAUUUGCUCUGCGCCUGUGGGGCCAAAUCUCGUUUUGUAAGCUUGUGAGGCACCAAGAAUUCAUGAAUAAUGAUAAGGAUAGUGAUGAUCCAAUCCAAGAUCAAAUGUUGUUGAGA